UUUCUGCGCUUGUAAGCAAUGGCGUUUAACAAUCUACCCAUCGACGCGUUAAAGAAGAAAAUAGAUGAAGUCAUUCGCUUUCUCUCCAUAUCUUUAAGCAUCGCGAACGCGCACACGGUUGACUUCUACACGCGUGAUGUUUGGAGCACGUUCAUAUCGGCGAGUCCGGAUGAAGUGCUGCGCGCUGUCAAUUCUAGUCAUGACCGCACGGGGGCGGCAGAGGAAGAGACGAACACCACCUUUGGUUUUUGCAAUACAACAAAGAAGUUGUUAGAUGUGCCAGGCCUGGUAAGGGCAGCAAAAGCCCACAGCCUUUCGGAUCUGAAGGUCUGCGUGCAUCUGGAAGAGUUGAUGGACAAUUUGAGACUGCUGACUGGAGACACUACAGCAGGUGUGUCCAUAGGAGAGAUAUGGGACAGAAGUGUACCUGAUGAGUUUAUGAACUGUAAGAAGGCCCACGAGGUACGGUCAAUGUCAAAGGUCGUGAAUAGUUUGGCCAAAUACUGCAAAGUCAAACAGGUGAUAGAUGUGGGUUCAGGAAAAGGCUACCUGUGCUCCUUUCUGUCCAUGCAGUUCAACCUGCAGGUGUUUGGAAUCGACUCCUCCAGCACCAACACGCAUGGAGCUCAGGAGAGGAACCGAAAACUGAAGAAGUUUUCCAGAGCCUAUCAAAAAAACAACAGAGCCAUGAAAAACCAUGAACCUUCAAACAAUACAGGAGAUGGGACCACUAAUUGUGUUACUGAAGAUAAGGGACUUCUUGUGGCCCCAUCUGAGUCUUGUGCUUCACAAGAACAAGUAACUGGUGAUAUAUCUCCUUCAAAUAAAGGCAUAGAUUGUACAGUAGACCAAAAUGAUUGUGAUGCAGAAAGCUACUUCCUCAAUAUGCUGUCCCUGGACGUCGUAGAGGACGGCUCGCCCCGCGUUCACCCCAACCAGCUGAGCGAAGAGGAGAAGGAAAAGAGAAAGAGGGAGAAUCUGGAGAGGAAGGCUCGCGAAGGCAAGAGGAACGGUAGCGACGACAGCCUCUUUUCACCUCUGACCUCUUACGUCACAGCAGAAACCGAACUUAAGAUGCUGAUCACGGAGCUGGAGGAUGCAGUUUUGGUUGGCCUGCAUACAUGUGGAGAUUUGGCCCCCAGCACCCUGCGGAUGUUCAGUGCCAAGAACGAGCUGCGAGCGGUUUGCAGUGUGGGCUGCUGCUACCAUCUGCUCUCCGAAGAGUUUGAUCCGGAUAGACAGGGGUGUGUGGACGGUGUGUGUGGUUUUCCCAUGAGUCAGUUCCUAAAGGAUCAGUCUUGUUUUUGUGGUCGAAAUGCAAGGAUGUCAGCAUGUCUUGCAUUGGAGAGGGUUUCUGCUGGAGGUGGGCUGCCGAUGGAGUCGCUGUUUUAUAGGGCAGUUCUUCAUGUCAUUUUACGAGAUCAUUAUGAUUGCUAUAAAAGUGAGAAGCGUGUCGGGAAUGUGUACUCCAAAGCAUCUUCAUUUGUGGACUACGUCAGGCGAGCACUCAGGAAACUGGAUCUGGAUGAUGCUAAACUUUCUGACAGCAUCAUUCAGAGUUAUCAUGAGCACUACAGCCCCAGGAUGAAUGAGAUGGUGGCUUUUAACAUGUUGAAAGUAACUUUGGCUCCGUGUAUAGAGGGUCUCAUUCUCCUGGAUCGGCUUUGCUACUUAAAGGAGCAGGAGAAUGUAUCUCAUUCUGCGUUGGUUCAGCUCUUUGAUCCACUUCAGUCGCCUAGAUGUUAUGCAGUUGUUGGCAUAAAGUAAAAUCCAGUGGAUUGGGGUCCAAAGUUGUUUUUCCUGCAAUUAAGUUUUGUGUUUUAACCAUUUUUAUUUAAUUUAAUAUUGUAAUUAC